AUGACAGCCAGGUGUCGUGCUUGUGUAGUUUACACGACUUUGCGUGGUUGUGCAGGCGCAUGGGGCCCUCCAACGCUGCUGGACCAGGAGCUGAUGCAGCGCUUCAGAUGCAGCGACGACCGUACAGCUGUGAAAUGCCAGCAGCUUGGCCCGCCACAAGCGCACUCACACAGGGGAGCGCCCGUAUUCCUGCGACUUUCGGGCGGCCUGCGAUAUCACAAGGGCACACACACGGGCAAGCGCCCGUAA